AUGGACGCGGCAAAGAAAGAUGCCCCCCCUGGUGGGGAAGGAGGAAAAUCAGACACCCUGGGGUCCACUGGCUCUGCCAGAAAAAGAGGAGGGGGGGCCAAGAAGGCGAUGCAGGCGAACAAGUCUGCUCUCAGAGCCCCCCGAGCCCUCUGCUGCCUCACCCUCAGUAACCCCAUCCGCAUGGCAGCCCUGGCCCUCGUAGAGUGGAAGCCCUUUGACAUUUUCAUUCUACUUGCCAUUUUUGCCAACUGUGUGGCCAUGGGUGUCACCAAGCCGUACCCUGACGAUGACUCCAACGUUACCAAUCACCAACUGGAACAAGUUGAGUACGUCUUCCUCGUCAUCUUCACCAUCGAGACCUUCACUAAAAUCCUCGCCUACGGCCUAGUGAUGCACCCGAGCGCCUACAUACGCAGCGGCUGGAACUUGCUUGAUUUCGUUAUCGUCAUCGUCGGGUUGUUCAGCGUGAUGGCGGAGGGCAUGACGGAUCAUAAGCCCGGCGAGGCGCAUCACGCUGCGGGGAAACCCGGAGGCCUGGAUGUCAAAGCUCUCAGAGCGUUCAGGGUGCUGCGACCGCUGCGGCUCGUGUCCGGCGUGCCGAGUUUACAGAUUGUGUUGAACUCCAUCAUGAAAGCCAUGGUGCCCCUUCUGCACAUCGGUAUGUUGGUCAUGUUUGUCAUCAUCAUCUACGCCAUCAUCGGCUUGGAGCUCUUCAUCGGCCGGAUGCACAAGACGUGCUACUCCAGCACCUCGGGCCUCAUGAUCGAAGACGACCCGUCGCCCUGUGCGUUCGCCGGCAGCGGGCGCUUCUGCUUCGGGAACUCGACUGAGUGCAGGGGCAAGUGGGAGGGCCCCAACGGCGGCAUCACCAACUUCGACAACGUUUUCUUCGCCAUGCUGACAGUCUUCCAGUGCAUCACUAUGGAGGGUUGGACAGAUGUUCUCUACUGGAUGAAUGACGCCAUUGGCUUCGAGAUCCCGUGGGUUUACUUUGUGUCUCUCGUCAUCUUUGGAUCUUUUUUUAUUAUCAAUCUGGUUUUGGGUGUGUUGAGCGGAGAGUUCUCGAAGGAAAGAGAAAAGGCCGUGGCGCGCGGGGAGCUGCAGAAAGCUCAGGAGAGCAAGCAGAUGGAGGAGGACAUGAUCGGCUACAUGGACUGGCUCAUCGAGGCCGAGGACGUGGACGAAGAAGGGAACAAACGUGCUGCGAUCGCAAAGAAGAAGAUGAUGAAGAAGUUCGGCUGGUACAAGUACAAUGAGGAUGGUGGAGCCGAGUCCGACUCGGAUGAUGACAUCGCUUACCUGGAUGAUGACAGCGGCUUCUGUGCGUCUCUCAUGGCGAAGAUGAUGGCCAACAGCUUCUGUGACCAGCUGUGCCAACUGAAUCACACGAUGAGGAAGAACUGCCGUGUUGCCGUCAAGACCACGAACUUCUACUGGCUGGUUCUCCUGCUGGUGUUCCUCAACACAGUGGCCAGCGCCUCCGAGCACGCCGGGCAGCCCAAGUGGCUCACAGAGAUGCAAGAGCGAGCCAACAAGGUCCUGCUGCUGCUCUUCACUCUGGAGAUGCUGAUGAAGAUGUACGCCUUCGGCCUGCAGAUCUAUUUCAUGGCGCUGUUCAACCGCUUCGAUUGCUUCGUGGUGUGCGGCGGCAUCCUGGAGACGCUGCUCGUGGAGAUGGAGUUCAUCCCGCCCAUCGGCAUCUCUGUGCUGCGCUGCAUCCGACUGCUCCGCAUAUUCAAGAUGACCCGGCACUGGGCCGCUCUGUCCGACCUGGUCAACUCGCUGCUCAACUCCAUGAAGGCUAUCUGCUCCCUGCUGCUCCUGCUCUUCCUCUUCCUCAUCAUCUUCGCCCUGCUGGGCAUGCAGCUGUUUGGAGGCAAAUUCAACUUUGACGAGACUCAGAUGAAGAGAAGUACCUUCGACUCCUUCCCGCAGGCUCUGCUCACCUGUUUCCAGAUCCUCACAGGGGAGGACUGGAACGCUGUGAUGUACGACGGCAUCAUGGCCUACGGAGGACCCAUCUUCCCCAACAUGGUGGUGUGCAUCUACUUCGUCAUCCUCUUCGUCUGCGGUAACUACAUCCUGCUCAAUGUCUUCUUGGCUAUCGCCGUGGACAACUUGGCGGGAGGCAGCGGGAAGACCAAAGUGGAGGAGAAAAAGGAAGACGAAGAAGAGUGGGACGACGAUGAAGAGAAGGAGGACGAAGACGCAGGGAACGAGGAGGACGACUGGCAGGACAACGAGGAGCUGAGGGCCAUCGAGGGGCUGGAGGGAGUUGCUCCUUUAAAGCCGGAGUUCUCCGGCCCCAAAGAGAAGAUCGUCCCCAUCCCCGAUGGAAGCUCCUUCUUCAUUCUGGGGAAGAAGAACUGUUUGCGAGUCGCCUGCCACAACCUCAUCCAUCACCCCUACUUCACCAACUUCAUCCUCGUCUUCAUCAUCCUCAGCAGUAUUUCCCUGGCUGCUGAGGAUCCAAUCAAAUCGCACUCGUUCAGGAACAUAGUGCUCGGUUACGCCGAUUAUGUUUUCACUUCAGUCUUCACCGUGGAGAUCGUCCUGAAGAUGACGGUGUACGGCGCCGUUCUGCACUCCGGCUCUUUCUGCAGAAACGCUUUCAACCUCCUGGACCUGGUGGUGGUCGGCGUGUCGCUCGCGUCUUUCUUCCUACAUUCGAGCGCCAUCUCUGUGGUGAAGAUCCUCCGAGUGCUGCGAGUGCUGAGGCCUCUCCGAGCCAUCAACAGAGCCAAAGGACUGAAGAACGUGGUGCAGUGUGUGUUUGUGGCGAUCCGCACCAUCGGAAACAUCUUGAUCGUCACGACGCUCCUUCAGUUCAUGUUCGCCUGCAUUGGAGUGCAGCUCUUCAAGGGCAGAUUCUACAGCUGCACAGAUGAAGCCAAACACACUCCUGUGGAGUGCAGGGGAACGUUUGUGGUGUAUAAAGACGGAGACAUGAACCACCCCAUGGUCAAAGAGAGGAUUUGGGAAAACAGUGAUUUCAAUUUUGACAAUGUGCUGAUGGGCAUGUUGGCUUUAUUCACGGUGUCGACGUUUGAAGGCUGGCCGCAGCUCCUUUACCGGGCUGUGGACGCCAACGCCAUCAACCGAGGGCCCAUUUACAACUACCGUGUAGAAAUCUCCAUCUUCUUCAUCAUCUACAUCAUCAUCAUCGCCUUCUUCAUGAUGAACAUAUUCGUGGGUUUUGUCAUCAUCACAUUUCGAGAGCAAGGAGAGGCCGAGUUCAAAAACUGUGAACUCAACAAAAAUCAACGGCAGUGUGUGUACUACGCUCUCAAGGCUCAACCUAUAAAGAUUUACAUUCCUAAAAUCGCGUCGCAGCUCAAAUUCUGGAGAAUUGUCAACUCCAGCCAGUUUGAAUAUGCCAUGUUUGUGCUGAUUCUGGGAAACACUCUCACUCUGGCUGUCCAGCAUUACGAGCAGUCCAAACUCUUCACCUCGGUCAUGGACAUCCUCAACAUGAUCUUCACUGUCAUCUUCACCGUCGAGAUGAUCAUCAAGUUACUGGCUCUGCGGGUUCAUCACUAUUUUAUUGAUCCGUGGAAUUCAUUUGACGCUUUGAUUGUCGUGGGGAGCGUGUUGGAUAUCGCCGUCUCUGAGUUCAGCGGAGGAGGCGGCCACGGCGAGGUGAGCGGUAAAGGAGAAAGCGGGAAAGUUUCCAUCACAUUCUUCCGUUUGUUCCGAGUGUUGAGGUUGGUGAAGCUGCUCAGCAAAGGAGAAGGCAUCCGAACGCUCCUCUGGACUUUCGUCAAGUCGCUUCAGGCGCUGCCUUACGUCGGUCUGCUCAUCGCGAUGAUCUUUUUCAUCUACGCUGUGAUCGGCAUGCAGUCCUUUGGGAAAGUGGCCGUCGACGACGACACACACAUCAACAGAAACUGCAACUUCCAGACUUUCUUCAUGGCUGUUCUGGUGCUCUUCAGGUGUGCCACUGGAGAGCAGUGGCAGGAGAUCAUGUUGGCAGCGCUGCCCGGGAGACGCUGUGACCCAGAAGCCGACACUGAGCCCGGGGAAGAGUUCAGCUGCGGCAGCAACCUGUCCUACAUCUACUUCAUCAGCUUCUUCAUGCUCUGUGCUUACCUGAUCAUCAACUUGUUCAUCGCCGUCAUCAUGGACAACUUUGAAUACCUGACGCGAGACUGGACCGUGCUCGGCACUCACCACCUGGACGAGUUCAAGAGAAUUUGGUCCGACUACGAUCCGGAGGCCACCGGCCGUAUAAAACACAUCGAUGUCGUCACGCUGCUGCGGAGGAUUCAGCCGCCUCUUGGUUUUGGGAAACUGUGUCCUCAUCGUGUUGCUUGCAAGAGACUGGUGGCGAUGAACGUCCCGCUGCACUCUGACGGGACCGUCACCUUCAGCGCGACUCUGUUUGCUCUGGUGCGAACCUCCCUGAAGAUCAAGACCGAAGGCCCCAUCGACCAGCAGAAUGAGGAGCUGAAGGUGAUUAUUAAGAAGCUGUGGAAGCGCACCAAACCCAAGCUCAUUGAUGAGGUUAUUCCUCCCCCUAGAGGGGAUGAGGUGACUUGUGGGAAGUUUUAUGCCAGCUUCUUGAUUCAGGACUAUUUCAAAAAGUUCCGCAAGAGGAAGGAGAGGGAGAGGAAAUCCAAGAAGAAGGACAGGGCAGCUUCUCUGCAGCUCGGGCUGCGGACGCUGCAGGAUCUGGCUCCAGAGAUGCGUCUGGCGAUGAGCUGUGACCUGGAGGAAGAGGAGGGAGAGAUGCCGGCUGAUGAGAUAUUCGACAGCAAGCACGACACCUUGGUGAACACCACGCCCGCCAUCACGCCGCUGCCGCCCAUACACAUGCUGGUCGAGCAGGUAACGGUGCUCAUGGAGCCUGAGCCCACGAUAGCUAACGUGGUGGUGACGGAGCAGGUGACGGGGCUGCAGGACCACCAGAGACCCGGAUCAGAGCUGGCGGGAGUCAGCGUGGUGACGGAGCAGCCUGUGAGGUCCGACCCCCUGCCCAUCAGGGUGGACCUCUUCGAGUUGCCUCCUCUUCCUCCUCCUCCUUCUUCUCCUCCUCCUCCUUCUCCUCCUCCGCCUCCUCCUUCUCCGCCUCCUCCUUCUCCGCCUCCUCCUUCUCCUCCUCCUCCUCCAGAGAUGGCACCGGUCGUCGUAGAAGAACCAGUCGUGGCGGCUCCAGCCGAAGUAGCUGAGCAGGUUUAUAUCACUGAGGAGGAUCCUGCAGGUGUGGCAUCAGUAGAAGGGUACAUGUAUCCAGAAUCUGUCUCUCCCGCUCCACCUGAGAGCGGCUACGACGAACAGAGCCUGGAGCGAGUCGACAGUGUCGGGGAGAUCCCCUACGAUGUUCCUGAGACCAACGGCUUUGAAAGCAACGGUUAUAACGGCGCCAACAUGAACGGGGAGAGUUACACCGUCAGCCCCACUUCCUACGCCUCUAAUGGGUAUAAUGGGAACGGGUACAUAGGCGACAACGGCAGCAUCAUCAGCAUCAACGGUAACGGAAGCACGAUGAACGGCAACGAGAACGGCAGCGCGUUCAGCGGAUACACCGGGAACUACAAUGGAAGUGAGAGCGGCUCACAUUUCAUCAGGAGACGGAUUCUUCCUGCCAUACCGAAGGGACGUAAACCGUCCUUUAACUUACAGUGUCUGAGGCCACAGAGCAGCCUGGACGACAUGCCGCUCCCAGGGGGCUUCCAGGGGAGGGCAGUACCGUCCACAUCCCGUCUACAGACCCAUCACAGCCUGGACUCCCGGCCCGGCAGUGUGUCCUCCAUGUCGGCCUCCUGGGUGAACACGGCGGCAGCUGGGCCCAACCCUCCCCAAGGAAUGGUGCCCCCCUCAGGACGCAGGGGCAAACUCAUCUACACCCCCAUGAUGCUGAUGGACGAAGCCACCGGCAGAAGCCAGCCCAUGUGGAGCGAUGGCUCCGCCAGCCUCCCCGCGGCAAGCCGGGCUCCGGGCUGGUACCCCGGGCAGACCAGGACCUUCACCAGCAUGAGGAGGCCUCCGGUCCACCAGAGCUACCUGGAGAAAGGCAGCGCAGACAGCCUGGUGGAGUCGAUCCUGAUCUCCGAGGGUCUCGGCGUCUACGCCAGGGACCCCAAGUUUGUGAGCUUUGCCAAGCGGGAGAUCGCCGAAGCCUGCCACCUGAGUCUGGACGACAUGGAGAGCGCGGCUGCCGACCUCAUAGCUCGUGGAGCCAGUCAGUCCAUUUCGCGCUUCGAGGACGAGCUGGCCGAUGAAAUGAACUGCGUGAUUUCUUACUGAGAUCAGCAAAAAGAACUGUGUGAGGAAAGUGAGGUGUGACGUUUGUGUGGGGGGGGGGGAAGUGUGUUUUUAAAUCUGCCGUGGAGACAAAAGUGUGUAAGAAUGACGUGAAACGGGACACUUUGUUGUCUCGAGGUAAAAGGUUCAGUUGGUACAAUAUACUUUUAUUUGUAAAUGCCAAAACACACACACACACACACGCACACACACACACACACGCACACGCACACGCACACACACACACACACACACACACGCACACACACACGCACACACACACUAUGUCCAGAGCACAGUAUGUGGCAGGACUCAGGAACACAGUGUUGCGCUGCUGCAUGUGACAUAAAACUGGACUUUUUGUUUUUGCAUUGUAUUCUCAUUUUGUACUGUUGAAUUAUUGCAACUUUAUACUGUAAAAUUAGAAAAUAUUAAACAAUUAGAUUAAUGAAAUGUUUAUACUUUGUUACACAACAGCAUUCGCUAUUUUAGAGAAAUAUUUGAAUACACUGAAUAUUGAAUAUCCUCUAAUAUGCAACAGGGAAACUCAUA